AUGUCGGAUAACAAACAGAGCGCCCGGCGGCUUACACGGUGUCGAACAGGAUGCGACGAGGGCAAACCGCGGUGUCGGAACUGCAUCGAUCGAAACUUCCAAUGCCAGUAUGGUCCCCAACUGACAUUCUUGACGAAGAAUGCGCAAACUGUUCCAGCGUCUGAAGUAGAGACUCCAUCUGCUCGAUAUGACGCGAUUCGGUUUGUCAAUGAAGACCCCGAGAAGGAAGGCGAUGAUGCCGACAUACUUGGGGAGGAAUCGCUAUUUGCCGGUAAUGAACCUGAUCAAACGAUACUCGAAACUCCGAAUUCGAGUCUAUCUAAAGAGCCACAGGCUCCUGACGCCGCCCUGUCAACAUGGCCAUAUGAUGGACCUUCACAAUCCAGGACCAGGGCUUUCAGUGAUAAUGAUGAAACUGCAGUGGCUGGAUUGCUAGCGCUAGGAUCGAGUGGGACUGAUAUCAUGGAGCCCAACUUGAGCCUGUCGGAUUUUACAACUUCCCCGAUUGUGAGGGAAGCUCAGCUGAACCACGCUAUGACGCCUAUAGAGCUGCCCAACAUUGGCACAGUGUUCUCUCCGGGUACAACUCCUCGCCUUCAUGAUCCACAAUCAAAUUCAUCUCCAACGCAAACGCUAGAACUGCUUCGUCAUUACCGAUAUAACGUGGCACCAUGGUUGGACAUAUGUGACCUUGGGCAGUCAUUCGGUAUCCAGGGCUUGCAACUAGCGAUGGUCUCACACCCGGUGUGGGAUUCACUAUUAGCAGUCUCUGGGGCAUCGAUGAAUAUACAACCAACAUGUAAAAUCGACAGGGGCCCCCUACAGGCCCCAAACCUACAGAUGGAUAUCACUACCAUGGCAUUCUUGCAUGUCCUGGAUGCGACAAGAAGUUGCAUCGAAGACACUCCUAGGGCUUGGUCAUUGCAAAGGAGCAUUGAUACAGAGCUCGUUGAAGCUCUUAGUCCACAUGCUAUUGGCAGAGACUUCAACUCGGCAAUCUACUGGCUGUUGGUAAGAUUUGGUACGUACAACGUCACAUUACCAUCUACUGAAGAUAGAACUGACAGCCCAUUGGUCGCAGAUCUUGGGGCAGCUUUAGCCACCGAUACCAAUCUUCAAAUCUCUCUUCCUCCUUCACCCCCAUAUCUCGCAGAUGCAGAAUUUGGGAUAGAUCCAUUUGCCUUCACCUUUUGCUUCGCGUACCGUCCUCUGUGGCUCUGUGCACGGGCUGUAGGAUUUAUGCAUAACGAAGACCCAUCACCGCAAAGCCCACCACUUCAAACUUGGAUGAAACUGGCGGAAGAGCUUGACAAUUGGUAUCAAGAACGGCCGCAAGGAUUCCAGCCCAUGCUUGAACUCGAGGUGGAUAAAGGAAUCGAGUCGGUGCAAGACUUCCCGGUCGUUCUUUUUGCUAAUGGAGCUGGAAUAUUUAGCAAUCAACUAUACCAUACUGCCAUGCUGCUAUUGUUACUUAGCCGGCCGCGCACUGCGCGUCUGACAGACUUCCGUUCCGCGACAAUGUCACCACUGUGGCAUGCCCAGAGGAUUUGCAGCAUAGCUUUGAACAACGAGAGGCGCGAAUGCUGGGAUCCAUGUCUGCUGGCGUCAUUUCUGACAGCAGCUCGGCGCAUGACACACGAAACCCAGCAGCGAAAAAUAAUCCGUGGAUUUUCUAGCAUUCGGGAGAUCACGGGAUGGGAUGUCGGAGAUCAAUUGCAUGAUCUAGAGAAGGGCUGGGGUUUUCUUGAACCAUAA